ACCGAAGAAAAGUUUUGGACAGAUGUAGUGUGACCUCCGCUUGGAUACAACGUAGUUUAACGUCCAUUAGAAACAGUUUUUGUUUAAUCUGUGAAAAUAUUAAUUAUUAUAUUUGUUUUAAGAACAUUUUAAGGACAUUAAGACCUUCAGAACAUUGUUUAAAAAUAUUUAAACAAUGUCAUUUUCCAAAGCUAGAAUCCAAAGGUUUAACGAACUAGAAAAUGAUGUACCUGCACCGGGCGCAUACGACCCAAAAUUUGACUCGAAAGUAAAAGGUAUAGUUUUGAUCGAGAAAUCGGAAAGAUUUCAUGAUGAUAAAAGCGUUGCUAGUGCUGAAUGCAGUUUGUCAGUUUGCGCUAAAAGUACGCCUCAUAUAAAGGCUACUUUCAGGACCCCCCAACUACCACGGAAAAAAAUCCGCAAUGACGCCCCGAGAAGUGCAUCAAGAACAAAACCUCGAUCACUUAUUCCGGUCCAGGAUCAAAAAUUGAAGUACGAGUCACAGCAACACCUCGCGGAUCUUCAGGUAGAAUGUUCCAACAAAGACAGAACCAUAAAGGAACAAGAGAAACACAUCGAAGAUAUGAAAGAAGAAGUACAAAAAUUGCAAUUGCAGCUUGAGGAACUAUUUAAAAAGCAAUCGCAGAUAACGGAACAGCAUAAAAAGGAUAUGGAAGCUAUGGCAGAAUUACAGCAAGAAGUAUUAAACGGCCACGAUGAGAAAUAUCAAGGCGAAGUGGAAAAUCUUCACCGGAAAUUGCUAGAAGCUACAGAAGAAAAGGGGCGGGAAAUUCAAGCGCGAAAAGAAAUGGAAGUUGAUCUGAAAAAUCGUAUCGCCGAGUUCUCGAAAAGGAUAUCGGUGUUAGAGAUCGAAUUGGCCAAUAAGAAAUACACUGGCGAAGAAAGAAUUAAAACUCUUGAAAAUCAGAUUGCUGAAUUGACCGUUAAAAUGGAAAAUUUAACUGAAGAUCAUAAAAAUGAGAUGAGUUUGUUGGCUCAAGAGAAAUCUGAGCUGAAUUCGCGUAUACAUGAUCUAAGUGAAGAACGCGACCAACUGGAAUUAAAAUUACAGAAAAGACAGAGUGUCGUUCUUCAACUUCAAACACAGUUAUCUGCACUGGAAUGCGAGUUAGAUGAAUUGCAUGCAGAAUAUGAAAAGCUUGUCGAAGAUUCUGCAAAAGAAGUGCAGGAUCUUAAUUAUAAACAUUAUAAAGAGAUUGAGAAAAUGGAAGCUACUGUUGAAAAUAAGAAAAUGAUUGUGUCAGCGAAGGACGCUGAAAUAACUACACUUUCCAUGACUGUUGAACAGUUGAGGGCAUCUGCAGAAACACAAGAGAGCUUCAGUCAAAGUCUACAAAUGGAACUGGAUAGGGCAGAAACUGAAUUAGCAGAGAAAAAGGAAGAACUAAGGGCCUUGAAGGAUCAAAUUCGAACAGAGGCAGCAGAAAUGGUGUCCAGAAGAAAGAGGUUUGAAAUUGUAAUGGCUGAAAAUCAAGCAUCAGUUGCCGCCUUAACUACACGUUUAGCCCAAAGUAAUGCCGAAGUGGAAAGGUUGCAGCACGAAUUGAAAUGCGGUGAAGACUGUAUAAACGAGCAUCGCGAUUUAUUAACCAUUAUGCGUAAUAACUCGCAAAUGGUACACGAACAGAUGCAUACCCUGAUGGAACAGUUGAACGUCAGGAAGGGGUUGGUCGAUCAAAUCGAAGUUGAAAGCAUGAACGAAAUAGAAUCAGCAAAAUCUUUGUUCGAAGCUAAAAUUGAAGAUUUAAAACAAAUAGCAACGAAAGAAGUCGGAAAACUGAAGGCUGAAUGUACAGCAAAAACUACUGAAAAUGCCGAGAUAAAAAAACAACUUCAUGAAAUGGCUAGUCAUCUGAAUGAUGCGCGAAAUAUGCUGCUUAAAUUGGAAGAAACAAAUGACUCUCAACAGAUAGAGAUUUCUCGAGUAGAAUUGUUGAAUACUAAGCUUAGCGAACAGUUAAAAGAACGCGAAGAAAUUGUUCAGAAACAUGAUAAAUUAUUGGAGGAACAAGCAGAGAAAUAUGAAGCCGAAUUAAACGAGGCGAAAUCUAAAAUCCAAGAUCUUUAUGACAAAAUUAAAAAUCUUGAAGAAAGAAAUAAGCAUUUGAAGGAUAAAGUUGAAUUAUUUCAAGAAGAACGACACAAGUGGGAAACAGCCGACAACACAGUUAUGAAAGAACUAGAAAAAGAAAGGUCUCUACGAGAAACUCUUGAAGUAGAAAACAAAAAUCUUGCCGAGGAUAAUGAACGUCUUGCGAAAAAUUAUGAAGAAAUUAAUGAGAAGUAUGCUGAACUAGUAGGCCAUUGUAAUCAUAGGCAAAGAAUUAAGCAUUUAUCUCAUUUAAAAGAUAAAAUCACUCAACUGGAGCAGGAAAUAAGCCACAAAACGAGAAUAAUAGAACAUCAACAGAAAACUAUAGACAAAUUAAAAGCGGAAGAUAAGCGCUCGCAUAUUAGAGGAAAAGAAAACAUGCUAAAUGUUACCAAAACUGUUGCUGCAACACCACUUCCUUCUCCACAUAAAUCAUUAACACCUUUAAGGAGUCGAAAUGAUUAAUUAAACGACAUAAAAAUAGUUCAAAUCUGACAUACUCAAAAAGCAGUUUAAAAUCGUGGACGAUUCGUAUAGCACGGACGAGUAAAAUUAAGACUUCUUCUUUACAACUUUGACUGUAUUAUUUCAAAACAUUAAAGCCGUAAUUUUUAUCGAAUGAUUUCGUUUAACAUAUUAAUGUUUAACUAAAAAUAAUGUAUACUAUGACGUAAAUGAUUAAAAAUAGAAUUAGAACUAUUGGUAGAUUUUACGCCUAACUUUGUAUCAUAUUUCUCCAAAUAAAAUAUAUAUGAUCGAUCAA